UCACAUCACACGUUUCCAUGUUUUGGCGGAAGUACGACCAGUGUGAGCUGGCUAGCUAGUUAGCUAGCAAACUGCUUUCUAUUUCCACCCUUAAAACGGUGGUUCAAACAUAUUUCAACUAUAUGGAUGUAUUUUCAUUUCAGGUAGUUAACUUAGUUCACUAGCUGUAAGUUAUCUCAAAUUAGCCACAUGCUAGGCUAGCAUAUGUCAACAUCCCAGGGCAGUUUGAGCUGCUACGAGUUUGAGCUGUUGAGGAGAGACUGCUCAGCUGGUUCAUUAUGAAGACCAAUAAGUCAUAUAAGCUUGUGCUGCACAAGAAAGGUUUUGGUGGAAGUGAUGAUGAGUUGGUUGUCAACCCAAAAGUUUUCCCUCAAGUCAGUCUAAGGGAUAUAAUCGAGAUUGCACACCCAACAGAUGAAUACAGCCCUCUCCUGCUGCAAGUGAAGAGCCUAAAAGAGGACCUUCAGAAAGAGACAAUCAGUGUGGACCAGACUGUAGCACAAGCCUUCAAACUACGUGCUUACCAGGAUGUCAUUGUUAACAUUGUGGACCCAAAGGAUGUAACGCUGGACCUGGUGGAGCUGACGUUCAAGGACCAGUACAUCGGCAGAGGAGACAUGUGGAGACUGAAGAAGAGUCUGGUGAGCACCUGUGCUUAUGUGACACAGAAAGUGGAGUUUGCAGGAAUCAGAGCCCAGGCCAGUGAACUCUGGGUGAAGGGAGAGAAAGUGACCUGUGGGUACAUCAGUGAAGACACCAGGGUGGUGUUCAGAUCCACAUCUGCAAUGGUGUACAUCUUUAUCCAGAUGAGUUGUGAGAUGUGGGACUUUGACAUCUAUGGUGAUCUCUACUUUGAGAAGGCUGUAAAUGGUUUCCUGUCGGACCUUUUCGCCAAGUGGAAGGAGAAGAACUGCAGUCAUGAGGUGACAGUUGUACUUUUCUCACGUACAUUCUACAAUGCCAAAACUAUUGAUGAAUUUCCUGAGAUUCUGAGAGGGUCCAUCAGACAGGAUCACGAGGGACGUUUUUAUGAAGACUUUUACAGGGUUGUGGCUCAGAAUGAGAGACGGGAUGAGUGGACAUCAUUGCUGGUCACUAUCAAGAAGCUAUUCAUUCAGUAUCCUGUCCUGGUGCGGCUGAAAGAAGCAGAUGGUUUUCCUGUUGGUUACAACUCAACUGCUGCUCAAGGAAACUACCUGGAGGCCAUUAACCUUUCCUUCAAUGUGUUUGACAAGCACUACAUCAACCGUAACUUUGACCGCACUGGCCAGAUGUCAGUGGUCAUCACACCGGGGGUGGGCGUGUUUGAAGUCGACCGUCUGCUUAUGAUUCUCACCAAACAGCGAAUGAUUGACAACGGUAUUGGGGUAGACUUGGUGUGUAUGGGGGAGCAGCCAUUGCAUGCAGUACCAUUAUUCAAGCUGCACAACAGAACGACACCUGGAGACUCUCGUGUGGGAGACGACUAUAACCUUCCUCACUGGAUCAACCACAGCUUCUACACCUCCAAAAGUCAGAACUCUUGUAGCUCCUUCACCCCUCGAAUCAAACUGGCUGGCCGCAAGCUUCAUGCUGAGAAAUUCAAGAACAGCAAGGACCACACUCUCUGUGCUCCAAAGGACUCUGAAAACAGCCUGCCUAUACAAGUGGACUACGACGCCUAUGAUGCUCAGGUGUUCAGACUACCUGGUCCUUCACGAAUUCAGAGGAGCACCAACUUCAGGAUGGGUCGAGACAAAGAGAUGAGCGGGAGGAAGAGCUGGGGCUCGGUGGAUGUCAGUGCAGGCAUAGGCUCAUCCCCUCCCGUUCGUUCUGGAGGUCCUGAGGAACAGCGUAGCUUGGCCUCUGAUGAUAGUCUGGGCCCGGUGUCCAACAUGCUGCUUAUACCCCGCAUGCCUCCCGCCCAGUAUGAAGUCAGCAGCUCCCUGGGAUACACCAGCACCAGAGAGUUGUUGGAGAAGAUGAUGGACUCUCAGCGGGACUCCAGUGCCCCGGGCAGGUUCACAGUGGGAAGUGCUGAGUCCACCCUGCACAUCCGUCCUGGAGGUUACACCCCUCAGAGAGCACUCAUAAAUCCCUUCACCCCAUCCAGGAUGCCCAUGAAGCUCACCUCCAACCGGCGGCGCUGGAUGCACACCUUCCCUGUCGGUCCUUCUGGAGAGGCAAUCCAGAUCCAUCACCAGACCAGACAGAAUAUGGCUGAACUGCAGGGCAGCCAGCAGAGGGAUCCCGCCCACACCUCUGCUGAGCUGCUGGAGCUCGCCUAUCACGAGGCCACUGGAAGGCGAACAGCCUUUAGGCAAGCAGGAGAUAACAGCCUUUACAUCGGUGGAGGAAUGGAAGAGUUGACUGGAAGUCCAGGGAGCAACAACAGUGGAACUCUAACCAACCGCGGCUCCUCAUUUGAAGACUUUUCUCUCAAUGGUGCUGAUCCAACCCUGCUGCUGUCUGCACCCCCGACAGUGCCCAGCUUCUGCUGCACAGUGGGGGUGGACUGGAAGUCUCUGACCACACCGGCCUGCCUGCCCCUCACCACUGACUACUUCCCUGACCGUCAGGCGCUGCAGAACGAUUACACUGAAGGCUGCUACGACCUACUGCCUCACAGUGACCUGGAGAGGCGGGAAGAUGAAGCCCCAGUGAUGAGUGCGUCUCAGGUGUUUGAGGAGUUUAUCUGUCAGAGGUUGAUGCAGGGCUACCAGAUCAUUGUCCAACUCAAUAACAGGAAACCACAGCCCUCUGUGGCCACACCGCUUGGCAGCAGCCCUCUUUACUCCAGAGGUCUGGUUUCUCUGCGUCGAGCAGAGGAGGAGGAGACAGUUUACUGGCUCAGUAUGGGCCGGACCUUCCAUAAAGUUUGUCUCAAAGACAAGAUAAUCACUGUUACUCGCUACCUGCCCAAGUACCCGUACGAGUCAGCUCAGAUCCAGUACAGCUACAGCCUGUGUCCUCCACAUUCUGAUGCUCAGUUUGUGUCCUGUUGGGUGGAGUUUGGCCAUGAGAGACUGGAGGAAUACAAGUGGAACUACCUGGACCAGUACAUCUGCUCUGCUGGCUCUGAGGACUUCAGUUUGAUCGACUCUCUGAAGUUCUGGAGGACUCGCUUCCUUCUGCUGCCAGCCGGUGGAGCUCGGCGGGUGGCGGACGGGGAGGGGCACUGGGAUGUUUAUGGGGAUGGAGCGGGUGCUGGAAUGGGUUGCAGCGGGGACUGGGCCCUGCUGGAUGGCUUCAUCCGCUUCCUGGAGGGUCUCAACCGCAUUCGGCGUCGCCAUCGCUCUGACAGAAUCAUUAGAAAGGGCACACCAAUGAAAGGAUUGCAGGUUACCAGUCCUCUCCCUCCGUAUCCUACCGAGCCUGUGGCACCCCCACAAGUCAAGAAAGGCACAUCAGCUUUAUCAGCCUUACUAGAGAUGGAGCAGAACCAGAAGACGCUGGACGAGCACCAGCAGCAGGCAAAGCCCUCAACAGCCGUCAGUGACCCCUCAAGUAUUGCCACAGCUCCCACAUAUGUAGACAGUCCCCGCAAGGAUCCUGCCUUUAUUUUGGAUUUUAUACGUAGCCCUCGCUCCUCCUACAUCUAUCACUCUCAGUUGCCUGCUGAAGCCAGUGAGGCUGCAGAUAAAGGAGUCCAGCCAGUAGUGACAGCUGGGGCAGCAGCACAGCCUGCAGGAGAGACUGCAGCCGGCAGCAGCACCACAGACCCUAGUGGGCAGUCUGCAGCGGGAGUUGUUUCUCUGUCCUCUUCCUCAACACUCUUGGAGAUCCUGGAUGCCAUCAAACAUCCCACGACAGGUGUACAGCUGCUCCCAGAGCAGAAGGGCCUACCACUCAACUGCUUUAUUAGCGCAGAGGUCGUUCAUUGGCUGGUCAACAAUGUGGAGGGCGUGGCCACACAGGGGAUGGCUGUGGAUGUCAUGCAGAAAAUGCUGGAUGAAGGUUUGGUGGCCCACGCUUCUGGAGAUGCUCUGCGCACCUUCGUCUACGGAUUCUACUUCUACAGGAUAGUAGGAGAGAAGGAUGGCCCGACCUCCCAGCCUCCCCCCACGACGGCUGGAGGCUGGUCUGCUGCAGCCCUGGAGGACUUUGCCCUGUUCCAGAGGAAGUGGUUCGAGGUGGCCUUCGUGCUGGAGGAGCGGCGACCCUGCGACCUCCCGGCCUUCCUCCUGCCCUGGCUGCCCAGCCGGCCAGCCUCCUACGCAAGUAGGCACAGCUCCUUCAGCCGCAGCUUUGGAGGACGCAGCCAGGCCGCCGCACUGCUAGGAAACCUCUCUUUGACCUGGGACAAUGCAGACAUUAAUGCUGUUUUAACUUUAUGUGGGACUGAAGGUUGUGAUGGGAAGGAUUCCCAUGGUUACAGCUCUGCUACAGUCCCGGAGCAGAGGACGGUCACUCUGGAUGUGGACGUUAACAACCGCAGUGACCGAACCGAAUGGUGCAGCUGUUAUUACCAUGGAAACUUCUCCCUCAACGCUGCCUUUGAGAUCAAGCUGCACUGGAUGGCUGUCACUGCUGCAGUGCUUUUUGAGAUGGUUCAAGGGUGGCACAGGAAAGCAGCCUCCUGCGGCUUCCUGUUGGUCCCUGUGCUGGAGGUUCCUUUCGCACUGACGUCUUACCUGUACGGAGAUCCACUGAGAGCCCAGCUCUUCAUCCCUCUAAACAUCCACUGUCUGCUGAAGAAUGGCAGUGACAACCUGUUCGAAGGUUUUGAACCAGAGACGUACUGGGAGAGGAUGCAGCUCUUUCAGGAGGCCAUACUGUACAGAUUCGGCUUCGUGCACGACAAGUAUUCUGCUUCUGCUUUUAAUUUCCCCUCUGAGAACAAGCCCCAGUACAUCCACGUAACAGGCACCGUGUUCCUGCAGCUGCCAUACUCCAAGAGGAAGUACUCGAGCGGGCAGCAGCGCCGGCGCAGAAACUCCACCACCUCGAACAGCCAGGGGCCAUUCGGCGGUGAGGAGCGGGUCGGGUACUACUGGGCCUACAACACCAUGCUGACCAAGGCCUGGAGGACGGGCGUGCUGGGUGAUGAGAGGCUCGCCGAUCGCCUGCUCAGAGAUUUCACCGACUUCUGCGUCAACAAGAACAACAGACUGCUCAACUUCUGGGACAGCUGCCAGGAGAAAAUGAACGCCAGCGCUCCCUGACAGGAUUAGAGACGACUGCAGGAAGACAAAAUGUCGAAGAGGAUAAACAUGGAAUGUGAAAAGAUCGUGAAAACUAUUUUUAAUCUUUAUUUAUGCAUCAACUCAGAGUUACACACUGUUCUGUUGCUGCUGUUCAGGGGCAAACAGUUGACUUUGACCGGCCUGCUGCAACGACUAAACCCCUCUAAGAAUGAAUCACUGAUUGCUAUGGAUGUUCACCGUAUUACGUGCUUGAUUCUCUGGUUUGGAUGAUAGAAGAUGAAAUUUUAAAUAUCAAAUUCAUGCCUUAAGAGUUGAGAUUCUGCUCCAAUGUUGUGUUCUGUUAUUUCUUUGUUUACACAAUAUAAAUAAUAAGACACCUA